AUGAACCGUAAAAUUUGGAAUGCAAUACUAAAAGAUGAUGUGAACAAAUUUAAGAAUGUCAUAGAAAGUGAAAGCAAUGUGAAUUUGAACUUGCACAACAAGGAAGGGUUGACCAUCUUACUAUUUGGUAUUGAAAAUGGUUGUGCUGAAUGCUGCUAUUACUUGAUAAAUGAGCAUAAUGUGAAUAUAUUUCUAAAAGAUAAAAAAGAAAAGGAUAAUGCAUUGAUGAAAUGCAUGGCCCUUGGUCAUGAUAUGAUAAAUGUGAGCAAAUUAUUAAUUGAGAAAAAAAUAGAUGUAAAUGAGAAAAACAGAAAUGGAAAAACGAGUUUACAUAUAGCUAGUGAAUGUAAUUAUGUAAAAGGUAUAGAACUGUUAUUAAAAAAUAAUGCUUGUAUUAAUGCUAAGGAUAACGAAAACAAUACACCUCUAAUGUGUUCUAUUAAAAGAAAUAAAGAAGAAGCUGCUAUCUUACUAAUUGAAAAUAAUGCAGAUGUUAAUAUAAAAGAUAAGGAUAUGAAUUCUGUCCUACACAUUUGUGCAAAAGAACAUUUAGGUAAUAUAGCUCAAAUUAUUUUAUUAACUCAAAAGGUAGACAUAAAAAAUUGUCUUGAUUAUGAAAAUAAUUCACCGUUACAUAUAGCAGCUAAAGAAAAUUUAAAAGGUUUAUGCGACCUAUUUUUGAAAUACAAAUUUGAUGAAUCUUUGAAAAACAAUCAAAAGGAAACGUAUAAUGAUAUUUUAAAAAAGCAUGAAGAAAAUGAUAUUUUGAAAGAAAAAGAGAAAAAGAAAAGUUAUCAAGAAAGAGAAAUUAGAAAAAGGAAAAAUUAUGAAGAGAAAAUGUUAAAAACUGAUGUUUCCAACUUUCUCAAAAUGCAUAACUUAGAAUCCUUAAUUCCACGUUUUUAUAAACAUAAUUAUAUAUAUGUUGACCAAGCAUUUAUACAUAUCCACGAUUCCACAUUGAAAAAGAUGAACCUAAGUAAGGAUGAACGUUAUCUAUUUUAUGAAGCUCUCGACAAAUAUUAUGCACAAAUAGAGGAAGAGCAGAAUGAACAAGACUUGGCUAAUCGGCUUAUCUUAGAAGAGCAAAGAAGAACAAGAAGACUCAAAUAUGUUUCCUACAUAGUAUCCUUAAUAUUCACAGCAAUAUUUAUAUAUAGUCUUGUUAUAUCUCUGCUUAAGAGGGGGCGACUUUUUUUUUGA